AUGGGCCCCGCUAGCAGCCGCGAACAGAUCGGGGAGCAGAUCGGUGACGAUGAUGGACUGCAGAUCAAGGCGAAACCUACGGCUAAUAACAUCACGGAAAGUGAAUAUUCUGUAGAAGAACAUGCAAGACUAACCAACACUGAUGGAGGAGGUGAUGAAGCAUCUCCAGAAGAUGAAGGGGGGUCACUAUGCGAAUACCAUAACAUACCACCACCACCUGAUGGUGGCUAUGGUUGGGUGGUGGUAUUCGCAUCAUUCAUGUGUAACAUGAUAGUAGAUGGUAUUGCUUAUACAUUUGGUGUUUUUCUGGGGGAAUUUGUUACCUAUUUUGGAGAAGGAAAAGGCAAAACUGCAUGGGUUGGCUCAUUGUUAUCUGGCAUGUACCUCAGUGCUGGACCUGUUGUCAGUGCUUUAACAAAUAAGUAUGGGUGUAGAGCAGUGUGUAUGGCAGGAAGUUUUUUAGGUGCAGCAGCAUUUGUACUUUCAACAUGUUCAACCAGUGUAAAUAUGCUUAUGCUGACAUAUGGUGUUAUGGGAGGAAUUGGAUUUGGUCUAAUAUAUUUACCAGCAGUAGUUUGUGUAAGUUAUUAUUUUGAAACCAAAAGAUCUCUAGCUACAGGCAUUGCUGUGUGUGGCUCAGGAUUUGGCACCUUUGCAUUUGCACCUCUUGCAACAAUGUUGCUUGAAGCAUACAGUUGGAAAGGUGCAAAUUUAAUUCUUGCUGGCCUUAUUCUAAAUUGUGCUGUGUUUGGUGCAAUGAUGAGGCCACUGGAAUAUCCAAAAGCUUCUUCUGUUAAACCAUUACUGCAAAGAAUGGCAGAAGAAAAAAGAUUUCAAAUGGAACGUGGGAGUAUUGGAGGCUCUUACUUCAUGGUGCAACUGCCUGAUGGAUCUAUGGAGAAGAGAAUGAAAAUGCCUAUUAAUAUUGAUCCUGGUGUACACUCCAGCUUCAAUUUAGACCAAUUAGUGCCUGGAACUCCUUUAACACCAGUUCCAACGGUGCCAACCCUCCCCACUAUAUCGGAAGUGAAAGUACAAGAACACUCCUCCAGCGGAGCGACUAGUAAUAGUGGCAGUAUGGACUUGAAGAAUAUCUCCACCAAAUCAAGGAGCAAGAAAAAUAUCGACGAUACCAAAGAUACAAUGGAAAAGUCUGAAAGCGAGUUUAAACCAAUAAUGCCUAGAAAUGCUUCACAACCUGCUUUUACAACCCACGUGCAAGGUUUACCGAAAAACGGCUCUGUACCCUUCUUUGAUAGAAUCCGCAAAACUAGCACUGGCGAGAGGUACAAACCAAGCCUCAGUGCGAUUAAGAACUCCCGAACAACAUUGAAUUCUAAUGGCGAUAUUAGAAAGAGUCUACAUUUGAGACUUUCAACAAGCAGCGUUAUGGGCUCUCGAAACAAUAACGCGGAAGUGGAUGAUGGGGAAAGUAUUACUUUUACCACCAGUAAAUCUAGUAUUCCGAAGGAGAAACCACAAAUCAUUCGACCUCUAUCGAGAAAGGACAUUUUUUACAGCGGCAGUGUAGUCAACUUACCAGAAUAUCAGAGUCAAAAAUCCCUUGCAAAUUACCGUCAAAGUGUUAUUUCUUUAUCAAAAUCCGUUCGUGGAGAUAUCAAGGAUACCGAUGUCGAGAAGGCGCCCCAACAACCAUUAUGUCCCUGUUUGGUGUUACCUGAAUCAUUUAAAGAGGCUUUGGCAACCAUGAUGGAUGUAUCUUUGCUGAAGGAUCCAGUAUUUCUCUUAAUUGGUAUCAGUAAUGUAUUUGGAAUGGCUGGAUUGUAUGUCCCUUUUGUGUAUUUGCUAGAUGCUGCGGUUUUGAAUGGAAUUGACAGAAGUGCUGCGUCAUAUUUUGUAUCUAUAAUUGGAAUUACUAACACUAUGGGUCGUGUGGCUUGUGGAUAUAUCGCAGAUUUCCCACAGGUCAAUUCUUUGCUAUUGAAUAAUAUCUGUUUAAUUAUAUCAACAAUUGCUGUAGCUGCAACUCCGUUUUGCAAUUCGUAUGCAGCCUAUAUUGUCAUGAGUAUAUUUUUUGGCAUCGCUAUAUCUGGGUACAUUUCUCUGACCUCCAUCAUUCUGGUAGAUCUCCUAGGACUGGAGAAAUUGACCAAUGCAUUUGGUCUUCUAAUUUUAUUCAGAGGAGCUGCCGCCAUUGUCGGUUCGCCUUUAGCAGGUGCUGUUUACGAUGCAACGCAGAGCUAUAACAUCCCAUUCUUUAUGGCAGGAUUUUUCUUUUUUAUGAGCACGAUUACCAGUUUCAUGGCUCCAGCGAUGAAACGGUGCACAACGCCGCAGACUCAGCCUGUGAUAUUAGAUACAUUGACUCCAAUUGACGAAGACAUUGAAGAAGAGAACGAGGAAGAUAUCCCUGAAAUUGUAGAAACUGCGCCAUCUCCGCAAGAACCACCAGAGAAGGAAAUUAAGCAAAUAGAGUCUGUUUUAUAA